AUGAGAAAUCCACUUGCCUCUUUCUAUUCGCUCUUCCCACUCGGUGUGUGGAGGCCUCGGUGUUUGUGUAUUCACGUGGACUUGACAUGGUUGUCGGGCCCGUUGUUGGGCAAGUUGGCCAGACGGCGAAUUGAUGUGGGCAACACGAAUAGCCGGCUCGACUUCAUCAGAUGUCGCCGCAUCACCGAAGCAGACGAACAGUGCAAGCACUACAUGACUCUCCCUCUCGAAGGAUGGCUUGGUUGGAAGGAAUUCAUUACGUGGUCGCCACGACAACCGAACGAGGAUUGUCUUGAAGAGGAGUGA